AUUGUAUAGUAUUGUAUACUACUCCAACCUGGUUGUAAUGUCCCUAGCCUCUUCCUUCUCCUUGCACAGUUUCCAGCAGUAAACAGAAAUCGUAGACUCUCAUUCUUAACUUAUAUUUUUAGCUUUUGGAGUUCUUGGUAGAUAUUUGCUCUUGGUAUAUAGGGAUCUAGAUAUACAACAUGACUCUUGCUGAAAGCUUUUGCUUUUCAUACAAACUGAGUUAAACUUUGGUUGUAAUGAUCUAUUUUUCUUUUGGUGCUUGCUUUUUUUACAGUUCCACUCCUUCUAGAAAUUUAGACUUUGAACAAAUGUCUUAGGUAUAUCUGACUAUUAAUCAUCCUUUGGUUGUAAUCUCUAGUAACAAAAUGUCGAUAUUUUGGACGUUUUGUGCGUACGUGAUGUUCCCGACCGCGUGCGUCGCGCUAUUUUUGAUGCUCUCUGGCAUUGGUUUUCUGGAACGACUUGGAUGCAGUAUCUGUUGCGCUGACGUACAGCUAGGGACAUUCCGCUGCAAUAUUCUCUUAAGACCAGCAGGACUAAGAUGAUGUUGACUAGGUUUGCUGGUUAUGAUAUUAUAUUUGCAAAUUCAUACAACUAGUAGAAUGUCUAUGCCAAAUCACGUACACACGCUCCUUGCCCACAGAAGCAACCAAUUAUCAGCACUCUCUUCGACUACAGAUGCAUAGUUGUAUGAGAUCAUCAGAAUGACCAUCGUCAACAUCCCCAUUCUGUUUCCUCCUCAUCCUCUAUCCUCUAAUCUUCGUAGUCUUUGUGCUCUUUUCGGUGAUAGGGUUCGGGACCAGUAUUUUGGGUGUCGAAAAAUACGAGAAGCUCCGUGCAGAAGGAACCGAACACGUGUCCUUGGAUGACAGGUAAAGUGUUUCGAUUGUUGGCUGAUAGGAGGGUACAUUCUGGUUGGAUGAUAGCCAGGAGGUUUGUGAUUGUUCCAACCCUGAGUAAUUAAUCUUGCAACUCCUUGAUUGAUCUUCUUCUGCAAGAACUCGAUUUAUACUUGCGGGACCAGCGAAAUUGGUGGAUUUCAGGCUGUUUACUUUAAAGGUGUCUUAAGGGUCCUUUAGCAUUCACAUUAAAGACGUCUUAGGGGUCCUUUAGCAUUCACAUUAAAGACGUCUCAGUGGUCCUUUAGUGUUUACAUUAAAGGCGAAGAGUGUUCGGGGAUUUUUAAUAGUAUUCAAAUAGAGUAUUAUGAUGUACUUGCUAAUGCUAGGUAUAAGCUGCAGCUUUUCCGGGACCAGCGAAAUUGGUGGAUUUCAGGCUGCAAUUUGAUUCUUUGGCUGGUUUGCUGGCGUGUCCAGGCUUUGAUGCGGUGGAAGAACACUGUACCGGGAUCGUCGAAAACGACUAGUGAUACUGCGUCCCCAUCUGCGGCAGGAUCUACAGCAGCCAAACCAGCGGUUGUUGAAAGCAAAGAACCGAAAAAAGAACGAUAAAUGCUGUUUCACAUGAUAGAAGGUGGAGUACAUUGGUUUCACUUAAAACCUAAAAGAUAAAGAUACUUAGAUAAGUAAAGGACAUGAUAAGUAGUUAGAUACAUGAGAUACACUGACGCGCUGUCGUUUACUUCGCAUUUUUACGCAUCAUCGUAUUUUUCGCAUUUUUACAUGAAAGAUGAAAAUCAAGCGCUGACCGAAUCUGAAUCUAGCACUAACUUCUUUCUUUACUCCUUCCCACAACUGACGAGAGUAGCAGACUUAAACUUUCUAUAUGCGGUGCUCAAACUACAUUUCGGCCACAUUUGUUUUCCUAUGGUACAAAACACUAUAGUGGACAAAUAACACAUCAGAGAAUACUGAAAGUCUGUUCAACAUCAGACACAGCACUAUGAUUCUCGUGACGAGAUAAGUGUGGCCACACUCGAUCUCAUAGACCCGCACCACCUGGCUACAAAUAUCCCCCACCCUCCUCCCUCGUUGUAACCUAAGAAGUGGUCGUCGUCAUAUUCAUGCUACCGUACCUCCUGUGUCUCGGUUGU